GAGAUACUAUAGACAAAAAGUAGAAUAAGAGAGAUUGAGACAAGAAGAAAAAGAGAAAGAUUGAAGCAGGUGGAUUUAGUGACUCUACAGAGAACAAACAAAUUCACCAUAGCUCUACAGAAAUGAAACAAACUUACCACAACUCUUCAAACAACAAAUUCACCAUAGCUCUACAGAAAUCAAACAAGCUUACCACUACUCUGCAGAAGCCAAACAAAUAUGCCAUAGCUCUACAAAACAUCACAGAAAAAUUCAAUAAUUUAAGAAUUCACCAAAACAAUUCUUCAGACAAAAGUACCAUAGCUCUACAGAAAACCAACAAAUUUUCCAUGGUUCUACAAAAAGCAAAAAGAAUAACCAUAUCUCUACUCACUUGCCACAACUCUACAAACAACAAAUUCAACAUAGCCUUACAUAAAUCAUACAAACUUACCACAGCUCUACAAACAAACAAAUGUGCCACGGCUUCACAAAAAACCACAGAAAAAUUAAACAACUUUGAAAAUUCCACCAAGACCAUUCUACAGACAAAAGUACCAUAGCUCUACAGAAAACCAACCAACUUUCCAUGGUUCUACAAAAAACAAACAAAAUUACCAUAGCUUUACAGAAAUCAUACAAACUUACCACAGCUCUACAAGAUUAACAAAU